AUGAAUCCUCUCCGCAGCAAGUUUUUGGGACUUUUUGUCAUUCUCGUUGUGAUGCUCGCUACGUUGGCGAACUCCAGCCCAAUUCCAGAACUCGAUAAAAGAGCUCCCGCUAUACACGUUCCAUCCCCGGGUCCGGGUAAGCGUGCCAUUGGCUCUACACAGAAUGCCAGUUGGUGGAGCAAUGAUUUUAAAUCAACCGAUUUUGUUACAGUCAAUAUAAGAGACCUCACCCACGGUAAAAUCGCGAAGUCGUUUCCUAAUACCCCCAACGCUAAUUCUGGCUCGUUAGACUUUCCCGUCGACCCAGCGUGGGCUAAAGUAGGGGUUACGUACGUUGUUGAAGUAUUGGUCGUAAAGGCUCCAUCCGUCAAAGGAACCAGUAGUACAUUCACGGUAUUCAAGACCCUGGGAUAA